UAACGACUAGGCACAUGGUUACUUUCCACAUUUGUUUUUCUUUUCGGUAGUGUAGAAGCUGUUUUCUUGAUUUCACUAUUACAUUCCACAAAUUACAAACAGCUGAUUCAACAGCGUGUAAGAAAGUAGACGAAAACAAAAAUGCCCGAAGAAAUUUUGGAGCCACAGAACAAAUUACAAAAAAUUGAAAAUGUCGAAAGCGACAAACAGGUAGAAAAUGAAGCAAAAGUGCAAGGACCUGGAGAAACUCCACCGAAUCCCCAAAGUAAGAAUCAAUUGAAGAAACAAAAGCGUUUGGAGAAAUACGAGGGAUUUAAAAAGGCGCGCAGACUGAAAGAACGUGAAAGACAAAAGCAGAAGCGUCUUGAAGCCCAAGCGCAAGGCUUACCCACUAGAAAUGGACCUUCGCGCAAAGAGCUGAAGAAACGUCAAGCACAAGAGCUAGGCAAACUAAGUGUAGCAAUUGAUUUAGACUAUGAUGACUUGAUGCAUGACCGCGACGUGGCGAAAUGUAUAAAGCAGUGCCUACGUAUUUAUACUAUAAAUCGUCGUUCGACAUGUCCAGGACAACUACACGUAACUGGCAUCAAAACUGAUGGUCGCAUUCAUACUAGUCUUAAACGAAAUGAUGGCUGGGAAAAUUGGCAUUUGAAAUACCAUUUUGAUAAAACGCAUACGGAAGUUUUUCCAAAAGAGAAUAUAAUAUACCUCACAUGUGAAUCAGAUAAUGUGCUGGAUACUAUAGAGGAGGGUAAAAUUUAUAUAAUUGGUGGUUUGGUGGAUCAUAAUCAUCAUAAGGGUCUCUGCCAUAAACGCGCAACUGAUAAUGGUUUACAUACGGCGCGUCUACCACUAAACGAGCAUGUGAAUAUGAAAACACGUGCAGUACUUAGUACAUUUCAUGUUUUUGAAAUACUCUUGCGGGUUUCGGAAGGAAAAUCGUGGACUGAAGCAAUCAUUCAAACCUUACCUGAAAGAAAGGGUGCCAAACCUAAACAAGAUUUAGAAGAACCAACGGCAAAUCAUUCAAAUGAGACGGAAGUAGCAAAUACUGAAAUAAUUGUUGAUAACAAAUGCGACGAAGAUUGACGUUGACUUCGUCAUUUGAGUUCUUAAGUUAUGUACCAUAAAUUAUGCAUACUAUAUUUGUGAUGUAUAAAUGUUUAGUAUGUUGUAAGGGUAUAAUUAAAAAAAUUGAUAUCAAGAAUACGCAUUUAAAGUCUUU